AUGGGUAUCAAAGGCAUCUACGGAGAGCUUGGCCCAGGCCAGCGCGUGUCACUGUCCAAACUCGCGGCCGAUACACUCCAAGCCGAAGGCCGCCCGCUACGAAUCGCCAUUGACGUCGCAAUCUGGCAAUUCCAAGCGCAGGCUGCAAGAGGUGGCACGAACCCUGCGAUUCGAACCCUCUUUUACAGACUUGUACGAUUGCUUGCUAUUCCCGUCCAGCCAAUUUUUGUCUUUGACGGCCCCAAUAAACCCACCACCAAACGAAACAAAAGAUCAGGUCGCGGCGAUGGCGUUGCAAAUUCACAGGCCAAGCGCCUGAUUCGCUUAUUUGGCUUACCUGCUCUGGAUGCGCCGGGCGAGGCAGAGGCAGAGUGUGCAUUGCUCCAACGUCAUGGCAUUGUUGACGCAGUGCUCAGCGAAGAUGUCGACACAAUCAUGUUUGGCUGUACAAAGACCCUUCGAAAUUGGUCAGCCGAGGGAAAGACAGUCACAGUGCCUACACACGUCUCGCUUUACGACACAGCUGCCGUUGCUAAUCAUGGCUUGGACCGGCAGGGCAUGGUGCUCGUCGCUCUCAUGAGUGGCGGCGACUAUCUCCCGGACGGCCUACCUGGAUGCGGUGUCAAGGUUGCAUGCGAAGCUGCCAAUGCCGGAUUUGGCAGCUCUCUUUGCAAACUCAAGACCUCCGACACGGCCAGCAUUGACGCGUGGAGAGCAGAACUACGCCACGAGCUCGUCACCAACGAAAGUGGCCAUUUUCGAACAAAACACAAGAGCUUGAAUAUACCUGACGACUUCCCUAACAUGGAGAUACUACGAUAUUAUACUCAUCCAGUUGUAUCGCCAAAGACAAAUCUGGAAACGAUCCGCCAAAAGUUACAACCGAUGACUAUUGAUCUGGCUUCUCUUCGCGAAUUCGCCCGCGAGACGUUUGACUGGGAUUACCGAGAGGGCGCUAUCAAAUUCAUUCGAGUACUGGGUCAAGCGAUGCUUAUUCAAAACCUGAUGCAGUCACGCAACCUUAUCCAGGACAUCACGAAACGCCGAACUCAUUUCAGCACCGACGCCACUCCAGAAUUGCGGCUAUCAUACAUACCUCAGGAGGUGGUUCCCAUUGAUCUGUCCACAGAGGUGGCAGAGGACAUUAGCUACGGGAGAGCUGGGCUCGCCCUUAAUAGCGACGACGAGUACGCCCCCUCGCAGGUGACAGAAGCCAAAACACCGCAGACGUUUGACGUAACUGUCCCUGAGCUUGCUUGGGUAUUGGAGGAUGUCACAAAGCACUAUGCCCCAGAAUCAAUACAAAGAUUCGAGGCCGCAGAGGCUGCCAAGGCGCUUCGAAAGUCACCCAAGAAGAAGCAAGCCCAAAAGGCAGCCAAGCCGGCCAAGGACACUGGAAUGCCUACAGGCGCCAUUGACAGCUUCUUUCGGAUUAGCAAGAAGUCGAAUGCUGCCACAGAAUGCGUCAUGAAAGCCAAUCCAUCACCAUCACGAAAGAAGGUGCCCUCUUCUUCUACCGAGGCCGUCAUACCAUCUCAUGAGCUCUUUUCGAUUAGCAAGAAGUCGAAUGUUGCCACAAAAGGCGUCACGAAAGACAAGCCAUCAUCACCACGAAAUAAGGUGCCCUCUUCUUCUAUCGAGGCCACCACACCGUCUCAGGAGCUGCCACCACUCCCUCGCCCACCGAAAACGCCCCCUCGAUCUCAAAGUAAGCAGACCGGCGCCUUUGCUACAGGCAGCCCAGACAAGGGGGAAGCUCGCUUACACAUCCCGCCUAGACCCUCCAAAAGCACUGUCUACUCCGAAGCCAUUGUUAUUUCGUCCAGUCCUCCCCGUCAAACCUCGCCAUCAUCUACAGCACCCUUCUCUCAGGCCCCUACCUCACAGCCUGCGCCGGCUGCUAGCUCCUUACAUUCGCAGUUUGCCGCGGCUGCUUCGCCGUCGAGGUUAAAAUCAGGGUCCAGGCGUCCGGUCAAUCCAACAAAGACUGUAGCAUCGAGAUCAGCUCCAAAGUUUAAGCAAACCUCGUUGGACUUUUAUACAGCGCGCAAAACAACGGAGCCCAAAUCCACAGAGCCGGCUUUGUCGUGCCAGUCAGAGAAGCAACUACUAGAUGAUUCAUUAGAUGCCGAUUCUUCUCCGUUGUCCAUGUCCGACAUGCUACCAGCAGAGCCUUCAUCUCCUAGUAAACGCCGGUCCCAAGAGAGCCAGGCUGCGAGCGGUGACAGGAGCGGCAGCCCCACGCCAUCGCGGCGGAAGAAGCUACUCGUCCCGGGCGCCGCGGGCACGCUGCGCGAAAUCGAAGUGGACGUUGGUCAGAGGGAUGAGGUCAUAGCUCGAGAAGAGGCCAAGCUGGCCGCGUCUAAUAUAAAGGGUAAGGUGACUCGGUGGAGCGAUGUCUCUAUUAUUGAUCUUACAGAAGAGUAG